GCGGCGCUGCCCGGCAUCGCCCCCGCUGGGCUCCCCCCGCCGCACCCCGCUUUCCCUCAAAGUUUGGGGCGGGAGGUACGGGGGGUGCGGGGAGGCACACCGGAGCCAACUUGUCCCGGAUCCCUUUAUUCACCGCCGGAGCCGCCGUCUCCCAACCCCCGCGUGUUUUGCUGAUUAAAGAGACGGACCUUGGUCCUGCCACCGCCACCGCCGGGUGGCCGCCCGGCCGCCUCGCUCCUUCCUGCCCGCACCAUGGAGUUCACGCAGAGGAAGAGAAGCAGGAAAUCCCAAAGCUUUAAACUGAUCAACGAAGAUUACCAUCACGAGAUAUAUAAGAUCUCUGACUACAGCAAUGAUGUUAAUGGGGAGACCAAAGAAACACAACCAGUUUUUUUAGGAGAUGAAAGCUGGGAAAUUAAAAAACAAAUUACAGGGAUGAGAAGAUUACUGAAUGACAGCACUGGAAGAAUCUAUCAACGAGUUGGCAAAGAAGGAGAGAAACUGAAGGAGGAGCCCCAGGAUUUAGACUUAGCCUGGGCCCAGCGCCUGAAUCCCCCUGUGGAGUCCCAGACAAGCCUUCAUCCUUCCCAGAGCGGGGCAUGGAAUGAGUUAUCACCCCAAUCCAGCCACUUUUCAGGGCAAUACGGAACUCGAUCCAAAACGUUCCAAAAUCAGACGCGAAGCACCGUGGCAUCCAACGGAGAAAUCCCAAUGGUGAAUUCAUCAGUUGGACCAAACUGCUGUACAUGUAACUGCCAGUCAACCCUCCAGGCUAUUCUUCAAGAGCUCAAGACCAUGCGGAAAUUGAUGCAGAUUCAAACAGUCGGGACUCAAAACAGACAGCAGCCUCCUGUUCCUCUGAUUUGUGCACAAAAGUCAACAAUAUCAAGAAAGAGAAAUAAAAAGAAAAAACUGCCCCUCAAAACUGUUGACCCAGUUUCCAUGAACAAGAAACCCAGCUCUGCAGAGAAUGAAAAGAAACUAGCAGCAAACUUGGAACGAUCCAGUCUGCAAGCAACUGAGCCCCCCCAAAAACCAGAAACCCCUGUUUCAGGAUUUGGAAUUAUCCUUGAAUCAGCUUCAUCAGAUCCAGAAGUGCAACUUGCAGAAGGCUUUGAUGUCUUCAUGCCGAAAUCCCAGCUGGACUCUAUCUUAUCAAACUAUACUCGCUCAGGAAGUCUGCUCUUUAGGAAGCUGGUCUGUGCAUUUUUUGAUGACAAGACUUUGGCUAACUCUUUGCCAAACGGCAAAAGGAAAAGAGGGCUCAACGACAACCGGAAAGGACUAGACCAAAACAUUGUGGGUGCAAUAAAAGUCUUUACAGAAAAAUACUGCACUGCUAACCAUGUGGAUAAACUUCCUGGUCCUAGGGACUGGGUCCAGAUUCUUCAGGAUCAAAUUAAACUUGCAAGAAGACGAUUAAAAAGAGGCUCAGCAGAGGCAACUGACUGUGAUGAGAAGACGGACAUUUCUCUACUACAAACAGAUCACCUUUUCGACACCACAACGGAUCAUCUGAUAGACACAGGCUUAGAUUUUUCAGCUUGACUUUCAGGCGGUGCAGCAGCGUUUCAGGCGGGUGGCAGCAUCCCCUCCUCUGGGUGAUGUUCCCACGAGUGGAGCAGGAGCAGGAGCCCACGGGCACAUCCUGGCCCUUCCCCCUUGGAGCUGGUGUUGUUUCCUGCCUCUGUCGUGUCACCUCAGACACCGAACCCGACGCAUUGCGUCCCUUCUCCAUCGUAAUGAAAGGUGAUUCCCCUCCGUCUCCGAUGCGCUGUUCCACGAGCGGGGUGACCACUCUGAAGACAUUGCUCCUGCCUCUGUUUUGCCUCCGUGAUUGUGUUUUUCCCCGUGAUUGUGUGCUCGCCAGCAGUGUUUUGUCUUUAGCCACACAGAGGUGAAUACACACAGCCAGGUGACUCUUCCCCUCCCUGGGGGUGGCAUUUCGCUCCAUCACAAAGCCCAGGGGCUCGAUGACCAUUUGCCUCAGCGAAGCCCUUUGCUUCUGCAGACCCACUUUCCCUUCCCUGGCUGCUGUGGCCAGUCGGAUGCAGCUGGGAUUAAAAAGCCCUCACUGGAUUUAGCAGAAAACGAAACAGGUUUCCUCCCAACGGUGCCCAAGUUCCUAAUUGUGGCAAGGAAAAGCUGUUCCUCAAACCAUUUCCCCUACAUGCUCCUAGUGGGGUGCUCUCGAGCACCUUUGUAGUGCAGAUUGCUGGAGGUGGUCAUUCUCCCCCUGCUUUUCCCCCCACCUCUAUUUCCAGAUACGUUGGUUUGCCCAUUUCCAAGAAGAGGGUCUGCACACUGUGAUUUUCAACCACUGCCCUUGGCAACAAUAUUCACCUGGGUGUUUUGAAAGAAAAAAGUCCCCUUGGCACUCUGUGGCUAUCUCAGCAGCUGGGUGAAUUGAUGAAGAAAUUGCACUAGCCUCUGGGACGCUGAAAGGGUUGGUCCUUUCAGGUCAGAGCUCAGCUGAAAUCGCACGUGGCCCUCCAUGCAAAUCUUCACUUCUGCACCUUUCAUCAGCACUAAAUUCACUUUAAAAAUGGUGGGGAAGAAGUCCAGAAGGUCUUACCUACAACAUCUCUCAAUCCCCAGGUUGUUUGAGCACGUUUCCUGCAGUUCCAGGGACAGCUAGACAGAGCCUUUACCUUUGUGUUUCCUUCCCUCUGUUUAUUUUAGGUACAGCUUUCUUUUUUUUGGGGGGGGGGAGGUGGAAACUGUUUGGCCUUUGAGUGUCUCAACAGAAGUGCUAUUACAGAGUGGGAUGGCUUUCAAAAUAUUUACUCUCUUGGGGUUAACGAUCCUAAAGCCUGUUUCUCAGAGGUGGCCAAACACCCACAAGUAACACCGAAGCCAACGGGAAGCGCCUGUUCCCUCAGCACCCCAGAAACCAGGCUCCCAGCCCUUCCCCACCCGCCUGCCAGCCACUGUUGGAGUGACCACGUUCUCUCUGAAACUGUGGAAUGGAUUGAAUGUGCACUGCAAACCUUCAAAUGUUGAGUCUUUCCCUUCCUUGGUGGCUGGGGGCUGCCCGUCGUGUCCGUAUCGUAACCCUUCAGCAAUGGAAUCGGCAGUUUGUAAGCUUGGAAGAUUGCAUUUGUGUUUACUUACUGUGACUACUGCUCGGACUUUCUUCAGAGAUCUUUUUAUAGGGUUUGUUAGAAGAAAGAAAACAACAACAAAAAAGAGAAAUCAUUCCAUAUUUAGGUAAAAACAUCUCAAUCUUCUGUAUAUAUGUUUUAUUAAUAUGUAAAUAUUUAGAUAUUUUUAAAUUGCUAUUGUUCUUAAUAAAGCGACAAGGGACUAGUUGUGAAAUGGUGUAGAACGUCGUGUCGUGUCAUCGAUCUCUGGGAAACCCUCUUUGUCAGUUCAGAACAGAAAACCUACAAUAAAUACCUUUCAUUGCA